AUGGCCAAGGGGGCCAUCGGCUUCGCCACUACGGAGGCCAUGCCGUAUGCCUCGAUGCUGAUUACGCAGUUCGGAGGCGACGAGUUCGAUUCCGGCUCUUGCUUGGGCUUCGCACCCAAGCACCGUACCGGGAGCAAUGGCAAGGUCACCAAACGCGACUGGCAGGUGCCCAGCCCUGACAGCGCGGACUUCGUAAAGCUGGAACCCUGGGCAGUACCCUGCAGCAACCAGUGGGCGAAGGAUCACCCAGAAAAGUGGGAAGGCUAUUCCUUCUACACCUACGAGUCUGUCAUCGAGAAGUGCGUGGCGAUUUCCUACAGCAUGUCGGUCCAACCAACCUUGGCCUUCGUUGGAGGACUCGAGUUUGAAUUGAUGCCCGCGCCCCUGGCCGAGGUGACGACGGAGGUCUGUUGGCCGGACCGUGUGUCGGCUCCGGACCUGAGCCUCAUCGUCACGACGAUCCGGACCGGCGGCAUCGUGUUGUUCAAGCACACGAUCCGCCUCCACAAGCGCUUUGGGAGCGACACAGGCUUCACUGCUGGCAACAUCAAGGACGCCGUGGAACGUGCCAGAAAUUACUUCGGCAAGGGCACCAACGAUGAUGAUGACAAAUCGCUCCAAGGCAUGCCGCGCAGCGUUCUGAGCCAGGUGGAGAACAGCACUGAAAGCACUUCUGAGACGGAGACCGAUGAGGAAACGCACUUCCACCCGGAACAGGAGGAGAUCUUCCUGGCCUCGGCCAAGUACGACGCGCAGCUGGGGGUGAAUUUGACCCAUCGCUUCUCGGGUCACGAGGCACACGCACGCGUGCGCGCUGCGAUGAGGCCGCGAAAGCUGGGAGUUCUGCAGCAGGAUGAGGUUGAGCAGGGCCUCGGAAGGCACGAGCUCUUCGAGUUGAGCAGCCCCUCAAAGUCGUUGGUCGGAUUCAGCGUCAUCGGAGAGCUGGAGUCUGGCGUGAUGCAGCUGAAGCUUCAGAUGAAGUUUGGCCCCAUCCCGUCGCCAGAGAAGACCAUCCCUCUGCUCAACCUCGCAGACCACUUGCGAAUUACCCUGGCGGCGAUCCCCUUCAUCUCCCAAGCCAGCAAACAGAAGGCCGUCGACGCCUUCUCAUCGACAGACCUCUCACUGCGGUUCACUCUGCUGACUUUCUUCUUUUAUUUGGCGGUUGCAUCAGUGCGUGUGGGCCUGGUGAGCCAGCCGGAGUGCCUCUUUAUUUUGGUGGUGGCCUCAGUGCUUGCGGGCCUGGAGAGCCAUCCGGAGCGGUUUCCACUUCUGGGGGCGGUGAGGAAAGCCCAAUACGCUAUGUCGGGGACUGUGCCAGCAGCGCAGCCAGGAGGAGGAGCAGCGAGCUCAGUGGGACAAGAUGUGCAGGAGCGCAUAGAUGCCAUUGUGAAGCAGCGCCUGGAGCAGGCGUUCGGAAGUGUGUUUGGGAAAGUGCUGACCGCUACUGAGCGGGCAGCCGUAGCAGCGGAGAAGCAAGCGGAUGCAUCGAAGGUGGAGGGCAUUACAAAGGCCCUGCGAGUGGAUGUGUGGAAGCCAGCCAACCGUGAGGAAGAACUUCGUGGCUGGCGUGAGUGGAUGUUCCAGCUUCGGACCUGGCUUGCCGCUCAUGAUGAGCGGUUUGAGAAUGACAUUGAGGGUCUCGAUGAUGACAAGGAGGUGGACCACGCCCUCAUUGAUGAUGACCAGGUCCGCCGCAGCCAGAAGUUGUUUGGAGUGUUGUGCAGCCUGCUGCGCAACCGGCCUCUUUUGCUGGUGCGUGGCUUUGAGAAGGACAGAAACGGCUUGGAGGCCUUGCGCACCCUGCGCAAGGAGAUGGAGCCAAAGGAGCGGUCCCGCUCUUUGGCCAUCGUCAAGCAACUUGCCACCUGGACAUUCAAAGACGGCGGGCUGCAUGAGCAGCUCAUUGCUUUCGAAGAUGCCAUCAAGAAUUAUGAAGCCAGCUCAGGAAACACUUACCCUGAGGACCUCAUGAUUGCCACGGUGACCACGGGCUUGAAGGAGCCUCUGAGGAGCCAGGUGCAGUUGAGAAUGAGUUCCUCUACGAAGUACCGUGACAUACGCGAGUGGGUGCUCCAAUGGGAAUCGGUCAAUGCCCCUUGGUCUUCAUCUUUGCCGGCGGCCCGAGGAAGCAAGCCUGACAGUGGCGGCCCACAGCCGAUGGAUGUCGAUGUCAUCAAGGGCAAGAAGGGCAAGGACAAAGGAAAGAAAGGCAAGGGCAAGGGCAAAGAUGGAAAACCCAGUGGCAAGGGCAAGCAGGACUGGAACCAGAAUGCUGGAUGGCAAAGCAAUGCUUGGCACGGCGGGUGGCAAAACAAUGCGUGGAACAAUGGUGGCUGGAACCAGGACAAAGGCGGAGGAAAGAACCAGCCGAAGGGCAAAGGAAAGAGCAAAGGCCAAGGUCAUGGGAAGCAAGGCUCAUGCCACAUAUGCGGCCAAACUGGCCACUGGAAGAAUGAAUGCCCUAAGGGAAAGGGCAAAACGGUGCGCCAGGUUGAAGUUGAGGCUGUCCCUUCCUCAGGGCAGUCGGUGGCAUCAGCCACCACGGCAGCAACCAGUGCCACAGCGUAUCGGACACCGAGCGUGGUGCAGCGCAUUGCUCUUUCGACGCCACCGCAGUGCCGUGAGACCUUUAUCUUCGACAUGGCCGAGGAGUUCGAGGAGUUCGAGCUCGAAGGGGGUGCCAUCAACAUGAUUCAGAUUGCCGGUGUUGCUGUGGAAAUUGCGGCCCAUGAGUUUCCGGAGGUUCCCCACUUUGCCAUGGACGCGACCGAUGACGAUGAAGAGUGGACUGUGUGCCCGGAGCUGUGCUAUGAUGAGCCGGAGAGGGAGCAUGUGGCAGUGAUCAACAUGGUGCGGGCAACAGCCACAGCCCAGCAUACAAGCAAAGCUGUCGAUGUUGUGGUGGAUUCUGGGGCUGAUGUGUCAGUGGCCCCACUUGAGUUCCGAAGCCUGGGCCGGUCAAGCCCCAACAGCAACGUCUUGAUGCAGGACGCCCAGGGGAAGCAGAUUGUGAACCAUGGGUCUCGAGCGCUUGUGGUCGAGGUUAAGGACAUCAAUGGCGAGACGGCGGUCAUCAAGGAGCGUUUCUUGCUUGCCGAAGUGAGCUCUUUGAUAAUAUCUAUGGGGCGCUUGCUGAGAAACGGAUGGUGCCUGGGCCAUGUGAAUUCAGGUCCUGUGAUCUCCCGAGAUGGUUGUGUUUUGCCAGUUCGGCUCCGUCGGAACACGCUUGUGAUGUCGGCCAUUGUCUCAGCCAUUGCCGUGCUGGACAGUGGGCCUUUGCCUCCUCCUGCUGAAGAUGUUUGUGGAGUUCCUGGGUGGCACGUGCUUCCUUCCGGCCUUCCUUUCCUUGUGCACCACCACACCUUGGAGGUGCCAUUUGAAUCCUGGCUGUGGUCCACCGAGGAUUGGACUCAUGUUGCUGUGUUUGUGCGCAAGGAAGCUGCCACUCGAGGACCCCAGCCCGGUGAUGUUUGGAUUCAGGUGCUCAGUACCACGACCGAAGCCUUCGAGAACAUGCCAAAGAGGUUGGAUGCUUUGGAGGCCGAGCUCACGGGGUACCAUGACGUUGCAGUCCUCUUGCAUGUCGUCGAGAUGGAAAAGAACCUCUUGAGCAACCCCAGCGACUACUUUGAGGAGGAAGCUUGGGAGGAUGCGCCGAUGCUUCCUAAUGAACCCCAGGAUGCUGAAGAAGAUGAGGCAGAUGACGGCCGUGGCGUUGGUGAUGUGCUUGCCGAAGGUCGUGCACCGCGGGGUCAGGAAGCUGACGAUGAUGGACUUGAACUUGAUGGUGUGCAGCUUUCGGUUGGAACGCCACUUAGGGAGCUCAAAGCCUUGUGCCAGCGCCUUGGGCUGGCAAAGAGUGGGGGAAAGGCUAAGGUGCUGAGGCGCCUUAAGGAGCACCGGGAUGUGAUGGAGCGGCAAAUGGCAACCCAGAUUGCCCAGCAGUUGUUCCGUGAAGGAGACCGUGACCCUCAGCCAUUCAAAGUGCCAGUCCUUCCCAGCAGGCGCCAGCAGGAAUUGCAUGAAAUUACCCAUCAACCUUUCCAACCUUGGUGCCAAGCUUGCCUGAUGGGUCGUAGCCGCCAGUCUCCUCACCGUGACCAAGAGCCUGCUGAGUCUGAUGCUGGCCCUCGUGACGCACGGCCGCUUAUGCAGAUCGACUAUUGCUUCACCUUUACGGAUUCAAAGCAGAUGAUUCAGGACGAGCAGGCCGGUGAGAUUGAUGAGCCGGUGGCCGGGGACAGUGCAGAGGAGAAGGACGAGGCAGAGAAAGCUGAGAAGCCAAACUACAUGGACCAGUUCGGGCUAAAUUUGGUGGCUGCUGAGUCGUCGAGUGGAUGGGUGGCUGCUCUGCCACUCCUUGCCAAAGGUGCUGUGUCACUCAAGAAGACCACGGAGACCCUCACCCGUCUCAGCAUGCAACUUGCAGGUACCAAUGAGAUCAUCCUGCAGGGCGACCCAGAGCCAUCUGUGCGCCAGGUUCUGAACAGCGUCCAGGCUUGUCGCACAAAGCUUGGCUUGAAGACGACUGUGAGGGAGGCCCCCAGAGGUUCCCAUUCAUCCAAUGGCUUAGCCGAGAAGGGAGUGAGCACGAUUCGGAGAUUUGGCCUGACUUUGAAAGCUCACCUUGAGGAGAGGAUCCAGGCCAAGCUGGGUGGACAUGUUCCUUUGUUCUCCUGGUUGCUCCAGCACGCCAGCUUCUUGCACAACCGCUACUUUGUGGGACAUAAGGGCUUACCAGCCUGGGAGGUUGUGCACGGCCGCCGCUUCUCACAAAGACUCCUACCUUUCGGUGAAGUGUGUCUCUUCUACCUCGGGAGCAAGUUCAAAGGAGAUCUUCAAUGGCAAAAGGGGGUGUUUGCAGGAGUGAACGAGCGGCGCGGAACUUAUGUUCUUCUCACGCCCGAUGGUGCCAAGGAGAGCCGUUCGCUUAGAAGACUUCCCCGCGAGGAUGCCUACCCGGCCGAUUUUAUCCUCACGGCCAAGGGCUUGCCAUGGGAUGCUCAGGGCAAGACCAAGCGGCAAAGGCCGCUGUACACAGCAAGACCGGGACUCCUUCCCGACAGUGCUACGCUUGAGGAGCUUGCCAAGGCUGCAGGCAUCAGGGAGAUCCAGAGAACCCAUGGAGACAUCCCUUUGGAGGAGCUCACGGGGUGCGAUGAUUGGCUUGAUGAUGUGGUUCCCGUGUUGGACCAGGAGCCGGAGGAGGACGAUUGGGAGGACGACAGGCCUCCUGAUGUGUCGCCAGAUGAGUUGGCAAAGCUGGACCUCGCUGCAGACAAAGCCGAGGUCGAGAGGUUGGUCGCCAUGGGUGUCAUGCGACCUCCUUCCGAAAACGACGACCUGGCCAACUACUCAGUCCUGACAACCAAAGUCGUCAGGGAUUGGCGGCGACGUCCCAAUUGGGUCAGACGCUCACGACUAGUGGGCCGUGAGUUCAAAGCCUGGACCCCUUGGAGCCAGGACUUGUUUGCCCCAGCCAGCACAUUGGCCACAGUGCACGGGCUGAUGAGUCUCGCCCAGGCCUACGACCUGGAACUGGUGACGCUAGAUGUGAAAGAUGCGUAUCUUAAUGUGAAGCAGAAGAAGCCGGUGAUCAUCUAUGUGGACGCGAGACUGUUCGAUGAGGGCCAAGGCGAGGAGCGGAUGAUCCCCUACAUUCUCGAGUAUCUCCUCCCUGGUCAGAGAGCCGCAGCCAGCGAAUGGUUUCAGUACUUCACGGGGCUCCUGGGGCAGGCGGGGAUGGAAAGCUUCGGGAAAGAGCCUACCCUCUUUCGCAACAAGGAGGCACAAGCUCCACUCUCAGGACUUGUGCUGCAUGCCGAUGAUGGUCUUCUCGCUAGCAAGAAGGAGUUUCGUGAAAAGUUGGUUGGCGAGUUGAGUCAGCAUGUCACCGUGCAAGUGAGUGAGCCUUUGAAGUCUAUUGGCUCUGAGCUGAGCUUCCUCAAGAGGAGCUACAGCAUGCAUGAGGAUGGCAUCCACAUGCACUCCGGGCGAAGGCAUGUUGAGGGCCUUCUUGAAGCACUCGAGCCCGGUGUGAAGCUUAAGGAUGCUCCAACGGAUGCCUCCUUUCUUGAAGUCGACAACAGCCCGGAGCUCAAGGCAGAUCGGGCAAAGGUGUUCCGUGAAUGCAUUGGACGCCUCCUCUACCUCAGCCACUCCCGUGCCGAUAUACAGUUUGGCGUGUGUAUCUUGGCGAGCAAGAUGGCGAAACCCACGAUGGUUGGGUGGAAGCAACUCUAUCGUCUCGUGGGCUACUUGAAGAAAGUGCCUUGCCUGGGAUUCAGAAUUGGGCCAGCCACCGAAGGAGCAUGCCUUGAUUUUCCCGAAGGGUCGCCAACAUCGGGGAAAAUUAUCCUUGAGUCAGUGAGUGAUGCUGACUGGGCAGGCUGUCGGCAGACUCGCCGCAGCCGAUCCUCAGUCCACUUCUACCUGGCGGGAUCCCUCAUCGGGAGUUACGUGCGCAGCCAGCGGACAGUGGCAAUGAGCUCAGGGGAAUCGGAAUUCCUGGCCAUGAUCAGCGGUGCAUGUGAGACGGUCUACCUCAAGGACUGUUUCGAGUACCUGCUGCGAGGCAUCACCGAGUUGGAGGCAGUGCUGAGAUCCGACUCAGCAGCAGCAAGAGGAGUGAGCCAGCGAGUCGGAUGUGGACGCGUCCGGCACCUCUCUUGUGCCAACCUUUGGGUACAAGCAGCAGUGAAGUCCCAAGUCUUGAAGAUUGGUCCCAUCUCUGGAAAGAGGAAUCCCUCUGAUCUGGGAACGAAGCCACUCACAGGACCCAAGCUUCGUGAACUGCUCUUCAGGGCUGGCGCGGUCACAGAGAGUGGUGAUCGUUAUGGUGCCGAAGAAGCAGAUCUCGCAGACCAGCGCGACAACGUGAACCGCAUCAUGAAGAGCGGUGGGUUGUCAUCUACCGGAGCAAAGAAGUUUUUGCCUGUUUUGUUGAUCCUCGCGCAGGCCAUGACGGCAGAGGGUUAUGAGGGCUUGAGCUUGGUUGCGGCAGCCGGGUUUGCCGAGGACACGAUGGCACAGAUGAUUUCAGCAGUAGCCAUUUUGGUUGCAACAGUUUUGGUGGUGUGUGGCGGGCCAUGGGCUGCAUUUUGCGGUCUGAAGUGGUUGCUCGGAUGGAGCAGCACUGGGAAGCAAGCCGCCACGACAACAUGUGAGGUCGGUGUGCAAGCGAACCUGGGCAUGAGCAAAGCAGAGCAAAAGUUUGUAGACGAGUACGUUGACAGGGCCACUUUCCUCAGAAGCUCUCUCUCAGAGGAACACAGAACAGUGCUCCAGUGUGAAGAGGCCCUAGUUGAAGUUCGCGAGGAGAAUCGCCGUCUGCAAGCUGAGCUGACCAGAGCUCGAGCGCAAGGUGCAGGCCGAAUUGCAUUGUCCACGAAUCGUGGGCGAGUGUAUCAUGACCUGGACGCACAGUUCCAGAGGCUUUUCGAUGUCUUGUGCACUGGGUCAACAAUGAACCGUCACGACUUCGAACACUUCAGCCGUGGUAUCCAGGGGCAUCUGCACAUUCUGACCGACAAGAAGACCAAGAUCGCGCUGCUGUCACCGACGCAGGAGGACCUACAGUGGAUUGCAGCAAACUUCGAGAAAGCCUUCCCGGAGGAGCGGCCACUGACCCGGCAGAACUUUCCGGACGUUGCGAAGCUCGUGCUCCUGCGCCGUGUGGUCCGGACGCUCAUCGAGUUUGUUGGUAUUGACCACAUCCAGGGGGGUAUGGCUGCUCCUUUGGUGGUCGAUAUCGCUGUGAACAUGGGAUCUACAAAGGGUCCCCCGUUUCGAAUCCACACCGUGGCGCCGAGCUCUCGGCCAACCCUGGAGAGCGGCGAAAGACUCAACGCCAUUUCCGAGUAG